CAUUACAGGCCAUGCAAGAGAAGAAGGGGAUGAAGAUGAUCUGCAGUCACAGGCUGGGACAGAGACUGAACAAAAACUAUACUGGAGCCAUGCAGCAGUUCUGCUCCUCAUAGAUCUGAGACAGAGACUGCAACACCUCUUCAGCAGCACUACAGUGUCCAUGAAGCAGGCAUGGAAAUCUGUUGCAGAUCGGAUGAGUGAAAAGGGUUUUCACUUCACAGGACCUGAAUGUGACAGGAAAUUCCGCAGCAUGAAGUCAAGACACCGGACCAUUGUGGGGCGCAACAAGACAACUGGGAGUGGCCGAUCAACAUGGCGCUAUUUCUCAGUAAUGGAACAUCUCACACAGGGCGACCCUGCAGUGGAGCCACUCGCUCCUGUUGGUAGCUUGCCCACCACACAUACACAGGAGAGGAGUAGUGUGGAUGGGGAAACAGUGGCAGAAGAACCCCCAGCUACUGCAGCUCCCAGACGGAGGAGAUCCUCAUCCGGUGACAGGAUGGAGUCAGCAAUCACUGCUCUGAGGAGAGACCUCCUCACCAUGCAUCAGGAGAGGAUGGAGCUAGAGACUAGGAGGGUGGUGGCGUUGGAGAGUAUUGCGCAAUUCUUGAAAGAAAAACAUAAAUAAAGUCAUCAUCAUUGCACA